GAAAAUGGCCAGUGGCCAGUGGAAAUAGGCCAGUGGCCAGUGGAAAAAGGUCAGUGGCCAGUGGAAAAAGGCCAGUGGCCAGUGGAAAAAGGUCAGUGGCCAGUGGAAAUAGGCCAGUGGCCAGUGGAAAAUGGCCAGUGGCCAGUGGAAAAAGGUCAGUGGCCAGUGGAAAAAGGUCAGUGGCCAGUGGAAAAAGGUCAGUGGCCAGUGGAAAUAGGCCAGUGGCCAGUCAGUGGCCAGUGGAAAAGGUCAGUGGCCAGUGAAAAUGGCCAGUGGCCAGUGGAAAAAGGUCAGUGGCCAGUGGAAAUAGGCCAGUGGCCAGUGGAAAAUGGCCAGUGGCCAGUGGAAAUAGGCCAGUGGCCAGUGGAAAAAGGUCAGUGGCCAGUGGAAAAAGGCCAGUGGCCAGUGGAAAAUGGCCAGUGGCCAGUGGAAAAAGGUCCAAGUGGCCAGUGGAAAAUGGCAGUGGAAAAAGGUCAGUGGUCCAGUGGAAAAAGGUCCCGUGGCAGUGGAAAUAGGCCAGUGGCCAGUGGGAAAAUGGCCCCAGUGGCCCGUGGAAAUAGGCCAUGGGCCAGUGGAAAAAGGUCAGUGGCCAGUUGGAAAUAG